UCGGCUACAACGCUGGCAUCAGCGCGUGCGAGAAGGGCGAGCAGUGGCAGCGGGCUCUGGCGCUGCUGUGCGAGAUUUGGGAGGCGAAGCUCGAAGCGUCCGUCAUCAGCUACAACGCUGUGAUCAGCGCUUGCGGAAACGGCUACCAAUGGCAGCGAGCUCUGGCGCUGCUUAGCGAGAUUUUGGAGGCGAAGUUGGAGCCAACUGUCAUCAGUUUCAACGCUGGGAUUAGCGCGUGCGAGAAGGGUGACCAGUGGCAGCGGGCUCUGGCGCUGCUGAGAGAGACGUGGGAGGCAAAGCUGGAGCCCAUCGUCAUCACCCUACAAUGCUGGGAUCAGCGCGUGCGAGAAGGGCGACCAGUGGCAGCGGGCUCUGGCGCUGCUGAGAGAGAUGUCGGAGGCGAAGGUGGACCCCGACGUUAUCUACCUACAACGCUGGGAUCAGCGCCUGUGAGAAGGGCGAGCAGUGGCAGCGGGCGCUGGCGCUGCUGA